UUGCCUUUUCAUCUUCAUUUCUCUCUCUCUCUCUCCCUCUCUCUCUCUCUAACAAGAAGCCCAGUGAUCAUCAUCAAUGGCGACUUCUCUCUUCUUCAUGCCAACAGACCAAAACACCGUCGUAAACCCAAACGAGCAUCUGAGAAACACUUACCUUGUCAACAACUCCGGCGAGAUCCGGACAGAGCCGCCGCAGAAGAGUCGUGGUCGGAAACCGGGAUCGAAGACAGGUCAGCAAAACAAGAAGAAACAAAGGCUGAGAGGUAUGGGUGUGGCACAGCUCGAGCGAUUCAUAGAGGAAGAGGAGAAGAAGAAAAUGGUCGUCGCCGGAGGAGGAGGAGGAGGAGACACGUCAGCAGCAGUAAACCCUAACGCUACCCGUUUACCCGACCCGGGUGUUGUGUUACAAGGCUUUCCAAGCUACGGUGGUGGGCCCAACAAGUCUCUCGGCGGAUGUACUCGAAGCAGGUUCCUUUGUGGCGGAGUCGGGUCGGGUCAGAUCAUGAUCGACCAGUUUUGCUCUCCAUGGGGUUUUGUUGACACCUCCACUCACGAGCUCUCUUCAAUCCCAAAUCCUCAAAUGUAUAACGCCUCCAAUAAUCGCUGUGACACUUGCUUCAAGAAGAAACGUCUGGACGGAGAUCAAAAUGCGGUACGAUCCAACGGUGGUGGGUUUUCGAAAUACACAAUGAUUUCUCCUCCAAUGAACGGCUUCGAUCAUCUUCUUCCACCAGAUCAGAGGAGCCAAGCUUUCUUCUAUGAUUAUAGAAUCGCCAGAUCAGCUUCUGCGUCUGCUUCCACUGAUCCUUAUUUUAACGAGGCGGCAAAUCAUACGGGAUCAAUGGAGGAGUUUGGGAGCGGAAACCCUAGAAAUGGAACAGGAGGUGUGAAGGAGUACGAGUUUUUUCCGGGAAAAUACGAUAAUCUCCCAGGAAAAUAUAGUAAAACUGUGUCAGUGGCUACAUCAGUAGGUGAUUGCAGUCCUAAAACACCCACCAUCGAUUUGUCCUUGAAGCUUUAAAUGUUCUUAGAUUUUUGAAACAUCUCUUGGAGAAUUUUCGCCUCUUUCUCUUUCUAUAAAUUAUUAAAAAAAUAUCGUCGUUUUGCUUUUUUGCUGUUUGUUAUAAUUAAGUAGAAGAAGAAAGUACAGAAAAGAAAAUCCCUUUUUUGGUGUUUGCAUCUGAAGGCUGAAUCGAAAGAAGGUUUCAGCUUUUAGAUUACCAUUUUGGUUGUCUAUUACGAGAUUCUAACCUAAACACUCAAGACAUUUCUU